UUGGAGCUUGGGAUGUUUGGGGCAAGUAAAAGCCAUUUCAUGGUCUCAAGAGAUGGUUGUUCUUUUUGUCUCCGGAGGACUCACUCUCUUUCAUGUUGCCCAGUGUCACCAGCCACUAGCCUACGCGCGUGCGCUCCCAAGCUGCUGUGGAUGGCCCUGGCUCUCCUGACUGCCCUUCCGAGUAGGAUGUCACUGAGAUCUCUCCAAUGGAGCCUCCUGCUGCUGUCGCUCUUGAGUUUCCUGGUGAUGUGGUACCUCAGCCUGCCCCACUACAAUGUGAUCGAACGUGUAAACUUGAUGUAUUUCUAUGAGUAUGAGCCAAUUUACAGACAAAACUUCCGCUUCACUCUCCGAGAGCAUUCAAACUGCUCUCAUCAAAACCCAUUUCUGGUCAUCCUGGUGACUUCUCACCCCUCAGAUGUGAAAGCCAGGCAGGCCAUUAGAGUUACUUGGGGUGAAAAAAAGUCCUGGUGGGGCUAUGAGGUUCUUACAUUUUUCUUACUGGGUCACCAGGCUGAAAGGGAAGACAAAAUGUUAGCGUUGUCCUUAGAGGAUGAACACCUUCUUUAUGGUGACAUAAUAAGACAAGAUUUUUUAGAUACUUAUAAUAACCUGACCUUGAAAACCAUUAUGGCAUUCAGAUGGGUCACUGAGUUUUGCCCCAAUGCCAAGUACAUCAUGAAGACAGACACUGAUGUUUUCAUCAAUACUGGCAAUUUAGUGAAGUAUCUUCUAAGCUUAAACAACCCAGAGGAGUUUUUUACAGGUUAUCCUUUAAUUGAGAACUAUUCCUAUAGAGGGUUUUACCAAAAGACCCAUAUUUCAUACCAAGAGUAUCCUUUCAAAGUGUUUCCACCCUACUGCAGUGGCUUGGGCUAUAUUAUGUCCAGAGAUUUGGUACCAAGAAUCUAUGAUAUGAUGGGUCAUGUAAAACCCAUCAAAUUUGAAGAUGUGUAUGUUGGGAUCUGUUUGAAUUUGUUAAAGGUGGACAUUCAUCUUCCAGAAGAUGUAAACCUUUUCUUUUUGUACCGAAUCCACUUGGAUGUCUGUCAGCUCAGACGUGUGAUUGCAGCCCAUGGCUUUUCUUCUAAGGAAAUUAUCACGUUUUGGCAGGUUAUGCUCAGAAACACGACAUGCCAUUACUAGCCUCACACUGUCACAGCAGCCCAGUGCAGGACAGGAACGCUGAAGCUGGCACUGUGGGAAACUCGUGGGAAAGUCACUGAGCCAAACGUAAGGCAAACCCAGACUGGCAGCGGGAGCUUAUGCCGGGAUUCAUUCCGACAUAAGUCAAGUCGGGCUCUUUAAAGAUAAUAUUCAGAGGAAUUAAAAAUCUCACCAAGGAAUUUACUUUUAUUUCUUGACUGGGACCAAAUGAUUUAAACACCAUUCUCUAGAUUAGAUUUUCUUAAAGGAUUUCACUGAAUUCUAAGUAUUAGUUGUUUAUAACAAACAGUGUAGAGUUCUUUAUAUUGAGCGAUCCAAACACUUAAUGGAUUUCCACUUUACAAAAAUCUAUGGUUCUCUGUGAGAAAUUUCCCUGAUGUUAUACUGAGUACAAUUUUAUGUUUUUGGUCAUUCAGAAGGUACUUCUAGAUAGUGCUAUAUUUCAGAGUUAUAAAUGAUUAUUUAUUACUUUGAAUGUUUUAUGUGUUUAAAUGCUAUGGUGACUUUCCAUACUGCAUAAAUAGAAAUGAAUCAUUUUUUACCACUGAACUUUGUUCCACUUACUUUAAUGGUCAAUUUAUUAUCAGUAUACCCAUUAAUGUGAAGUCAUAAGGUUAUUAUUGCAUAUAAGUAAUCUCUUGGAAUUUGUUACAUAUUUUAUUGUGGUAAUAUAGAGAGAGAAUGAUUAAGAAAAUCUGUGUUACUGUGUUUUAGAAAAAUAUAGUUCCUAAUGUUUUUAUAUGUUACUUCAUCUGUCUCAUUUUUAUACCUGAAAAUUAGGAACACUGUAGACUGCCGGGCAGUGCGUUUCCUUCUGGAAACAACUCUGGACAGAGAGGAAG